AUGAGUUUUUCCCCUGCUGUGUCCGCGGCUUUAGGCCAGGCUGCGCCAGCAGCUGUACCACACAUGCGUCAAUCGGAUCCGCCUCAGGAGACGGGGUGCCCGCACGGUCCUUCAGGCACGCCUCUUCCAACGAUUUGUGGAAUUGGCUGGUCGGACGACCAAGGCGUGCGACCAGACAUGGAAGAUGGAAUGGUUGUGAUUUCAGGUUUGGGUGGGCUCGCGAACGCCUGGCUUCUGGGGAUAUAUGAUGGCCAUGGCGGUCGGCAAACGAUGAAGGCGCUCUUGGAGAAGCUGCACGUCAAUGUUCUCUCCCAUUUGAGAAACAAAGCUGCCUCACGAUGGCAACACUACCUCCAGCGAGCAUUAUGUCGUAUUCAGGACAUUCAGCGCGGCUUAGACCAAUUUCGGCUUCAAGAACAACGCGCCCUUGUUGACUUCCGCGUGCCCAUGCCGUCACCUCAGCAGCUGAUUGGGUUGCUCCGCCUCCUUCGCAUCUGCCAGUGGCUGAUCCAGUGUCAAGGCCCUUCCCAAGAAAGUAGUCCAAAAGCUGAGAACAACUCUGUAUCGCCAGGAGCGACGCCAUCCAACCCACAUUUUCUGACGAUAUGCACCGAUGAAGAUGUCCACAGUGCCUUGGAGGAGGCCUUCAUCCAGACAGACCAUGAAAUUCUUCGCGACCAGGUUAUCCAAAGUGGCGCCACAGCAUGCGUGUGUCUUGUGCGGCCGGUUUUACGUGUCGAUCGUGUCCUAGACAUGGAUCCUGAGGAGAUCUCGGAUGCAGACUGGGCUCUGUUUUCCCAGGCUCAUCACGACACGAGUGCUAUAAACGCUAACCCACCGCAAAAGGGUAGCGAACUCGUCGGAGUGGAUGCAACGGUUGCACACCUCGGCGACAGUCGUGCAGUUCUGGCGUACAUGGACGGCCAUGCAGAACGCCUGACCCAUCCCUCAGACCAUAAAGCAACCAGCGACAGAGAAGUGUCUCGGGUGGAGUCCCUGGGGGGCUGGGUCUUUGGCGAGCGCGUGAACGGCAUGCUUGCCAUAGGGCGGGCGUUUGGAGACUGGUCCCUAAAGUUGCCUGCAGACAAACUUCAACAGAUGAGCUCCCCGUCCUCUCCUUCAAGCGGAGCGUUCGACCGGAUCCGAAACAUAUUUGGGACUUCUCCCACACAAACCGCCGAGGAGACGGCCGGACGGAAGCAGUACGUGGUCAGCAACGAGCCCGACGUGCGGACUGUACGCCUGACUGCUGAAAAUCCAGCGCAGCUGACCGGCGGUUUUCGAAGUCCAUCCUCUACCAGUUCCUCGUGUCCCGAAACAGCGACAGCAAGGCAAAGUGCGGCGGGCAGAGUGCCGGCAGUGCUCGUGCUGGGGUGUGACGGGCUGUUCGACGUAUGCUCUGACCAGGUUGUUGCACGGCUAGCUUUGGAAUUCCUCCUGAAGUUGGCCGUUGCUCAUCCGGACAUGACCACAUCUGAAGCUGCCGAGGCAACCGCCCGGAUGCUCAUUGAAGAGGCAAUCGGCGUGAGAGAAAGCACUGACAAUGUCUCUGUGCUUGUUGCCUUGCUUCAUCCGUUUGGAUUUGCCGAGUGCGGGGAAGCACUUUCACCUGAAGGAGCAGACAGCCAAGCAGCACAGUCAACUUGGCUUACCCCCGCCACGGCGACGUUCGCGUCGCUCGCGGAGGGCGUUGCACGCCAUGUAUUCACGUCGAAAAAUCCGGGGGGGUGUCCUGCAGAAGCAAUCGCUCGGGGCGCUCUAGAAGCUGCCGCAUCGCCAAGGAAUGGAAGGUUUUCCCCUGGAAGCGCCAACAUCGAUCCUUUCAUCCCGGGAAAUGAAUACUUGGCAUCUGCCGUUCCUCCUGGAGUUGACUCAGCCGGGUGGGCUGGACGGUGGCUACCGAGGGGACUCGCGGACACGAUUCAAGAAGCCUCACACCGAAUUGCCUCGGUUAUUCAGCACUAG